CAGCAGCCUUCAGAGUGGCUAGACGGCAUCUGAGGGUGCGGGGGCCCUAGUCUAGCCUCCGACCUAAGACAGCCUCAUCUGUUUUUCCCGGAGUAGGGCUGCAUUUUCUGCAUAUGGUGUGACAUGGAAAAGUUUCAGAAGUGCUGCUCCCAAAAGGCUCUGGAAUCUCGGAUCCCUAGGUUAGGUUUGUUACCGUGGGCUUCACUGAGGUAUGAUCAAGCGGGGUCUUUUUCUUGGGAUAGGUAAGAGUCAGCAUCUUUAGAUCUUUCCUCUUAGGGUCAUCAAAUCCCCCAGAAGAGUCUUCCAAUUUCUUGCCUGGAGAAUAAAUGUCUGGUUUGCAGCAUAUUAGGAGCAAAGGACAAAGUUAAACUAUAAUCCUCCAAAAGAUGAUGGAUCAACUUAUAAGAUUGAACUUGAAGGGAUAUCGGUAAUGGUUAUGAGAGAGAUCCUGGAUUACAUCUUCAGUGGGCAGAUCAGACUGAAUGAAGAUACAAUCCAAGAUGUUGUACAGGCAGCAGAUCUGCUACUGCUAACAGAUCUUAAGGCGCUGUGCUGUGAGUUUCUAGAAGGCUGUAUUGCUGCUGAGAACUGCAUCGGGAUCCGUGACUUUGCACUACAUUACUGCCUGCAUCAUGUACAUUACCUUGCUACAGAAUACCUGGAAACUCAUUUCCGAGAUGUCAGCAGCACAGAAGAAUUCUUAGAACUGAGUCCUCAAAAGCUUAAAGAAGUGAUUUCUCUUGAGAAGUUAAAUGUUGGCAACGAAAGAUAUGUAUUUGAAGCAGUAAUUCGAUGGAUAGCACAUGAUUCAGAAAUAAGAAAGGUCCACAUGAAGGAUGUUAUGUCAGCGCUAUGGGUCUCAGGGUUAGAUUCCAGCUAUUUACGGGAACAGAUGCUAAAUGAACCAUUAGUACGAGAAAUCGUCAAAGAGUGUAGCAACAUACCACUCAGCCAGCCACAGCAAGGAGAGGCGAUGCUAGCAAAUUUCAAACCCCGGGGUUACUCUGAGUGUAUUGUAACUGUCGGUGGAGAAGAAAGAGUUUCACGGAAACCAACAGCGGUGAUGCGAUGCAUGUGCCCUCUUUAUGACCCGAAUCGGCAGCUUUGGAUCGAGCUGGCCCCCUUAAGCAUGCCAAGAAUUAACCACGGUGUGCUCUCAGCAGAAGGAUUUUUGUUUGUAUUUGGAGGCCAAGAUGAAAAUAAACAGACACUAAGCUCAGGAGAAAAGUAUGAUCCAGAUUUAAAUACAUGGACUACAUUGCCACCAAUGAUUGAGGCAAGACAUAAUUUUGGAAUUGUGGAGAUAGAUGGAAUGCUGUACAUUUUAGGAGGAGAGGAUGGUGAAAAGGAGCUAAUUUCCAUGGAGUGUUACGAUAUUUAUUCUAAAACCUGGACAAAGCAACCUGAUUUGACCAUGGUCAGGAAGAUUGGCUGCUAUGCGGCUAUGAAAAAGAAAAUCUAUGCCAUGGGUGGAGGAUCAUAUGGAAAACUUUUUGAGUCUGUGGAAUGUUACGAUCCGAGGACCCAGCAAUGGACUGCUAUUUGCCCACUAAAAGAGAGAAGAUUUGGAGCCGUAGCUUGUGGAGUUGCUAUGGAACUCUAUGUAUUUGGGGGAGUCAGAAGUCGUGAGGACAUCCAGGGUAGUGAGAUGGUUACUUGCAAGUCUGAAUUCUACCAUGAUGAGUUUAAAAGGUGGAUCUAUCUUAAUGACCAGAAUUUGUGUAUCCCUGCCAGUUCCUCUUUUGUUUAUGGAGCUGUACCUAUAGGAGCUAGCAUUUACGUUAUCGGAGAUCUUGAUACAGGUACCAAUUAUGACUAUGUGCGUGAGUUUAAAAGAAGCACAGGAACCUGGCACCACACGAAACCACUUCUUCCAUCUGACCUCCGCCGCACUGGCUGUGCAGCCUUACGUAUCGCAAAUUGCAAGCUCUUCCGCCUGCAGCUUCAGCAAGGCUUAUUCCGCAUCCGUGUCCAUUCGCCUUGAAGAGGAAGCAGAGCAGAAACACAGAUCCUGGCCCAAGUGCGCCAUAACGUAGCUUUACCUAAGGGAGUGCAGAGGUGGCAGCUGAAACUUACUCCGGGUGCUGUGCUUUGGAAUGGUAACUUCUUGACAGUUUUACAGUGCUUUAAAGCUUGAGUUUCAGCUCAUGUUUGUGAGAACUUGUAACUGUUGACAAACUACCUGGGAAGAAUCAGUUCUUCAGUUAAGUGUCUCUACAGACAAGUGGAGGCUAGUAAAUGUCAGAAGGAAAAGGGAAGUGGGAAUUGGUACAAUGUAAAAUACUGAAAUUAAAAUACUAAGGUGCAGCUGUGAAGGGACCGCAUAUCUGAAUGACUGCUGUGGGCAAGUACCUGACUUUGGUACAAAUAACAACAACAAAAAAUCCAUAUAUGCAAAUCAACAUAUCCAGACAUACCAGGAUAGCUUUUCUACUGCACUUGGAAGGAAAUAUUCUGCCUAACUCUGCCCAACAAAUUAUGGUUUGUGCCUAAAGCGUUAGAUUGGACUAUAUGCCAGUUAGUCUCCAUUUAUUACCAGUACUCGGUCCUAAGAAUCUUUUUAAAAUACAUUAUGAUGAAUUGAAACCAAGAUAACAAAAUUUCUCUUUUAUAAUAUUCUGUCUUAGUAAUCUAAAGAUUCCGUGAAUUGAGUCAGGUUGCAGCCCUCGUGAAUUUAAAGAAAGCUGCUAACUUCUGUUAAUUUAGAUUGAGAUACGUCAUGCCAUAAUUUCUGGGGAAGGAUGUUUGGGGUUGUGAAGGAUCUCAUGCAGUGCCAUUCUUCCUUUUCACUUAAUGAAAAUCAUUUUCUAAGUAGGAGGAUAUUAGUGAGUAGGAAAUUAUAAAAGAAAGAUUGAGUCAGACAAAUAAUAAAGGUCUGCUAUGACUUAAAAAAAAAAAAAAAAAAAAAAA